CCGCUGUCACUGCACUGUAGCUAUUCAGGACAGUGAUCGGGAGAUCUCAACGGGGAGACGACUAUCGCUCAGCUUGCAUUCAAACAUCAGCUCUAGUUGUUUUUUUGCGUUCAACCGCUUCGGUCGCGAUUUCGCCAUGAAAGCCAUCAGUCCCGUCCGCUCGGUGAGGAGCUGCUACAAGGCCGUGUGCUGCAUCUCGGAGCAGAGCCUCGCCAUCAGCCGGAAUAAACACUCGUGUCUGGACGAGCCGGUGGGCGCACUGUGCGACAUGAACGACUGCUACUCCAAGCUGAAGGAGCUGGUUCCCAGCAUCCCGCAGAACAAGUCGGUCAGCCAGGUGGAGAUCCUGCAACACGUUAUUGACUACAUCUUCGACCUGCAGAUCGCACUGGAGGCGGAGGACUCGGCCGAGCCGGAGAUGGUCUUGUCAAUAAAGACUGCGGACCUUACUCGCAAUUUCUCCAAAGAAGAAGGGCGGUUGUGCCAUUAGGAUGUGCACGGCAGAUCAUGGUGCAGGGAAACACAUGUCUCCACUUCACUCCGGGCAAGAGGACAAGAGGGGCAGAAAGGGUGGGAUAGGUAUUUGGGAUAGAAGGAGAAGAAGGAGGAGGAGGCGGAGGCGGAGGAGGUGGAGGGUUUAAAGAAAGAGAGAGAAAAAAGUGGACUGUUUCCUAGAUGAGCGGGGAUCAACAGUAGUGCAUGAGCAAGAAAACAGAGACUCAUUCUUUGGCCCCUGGACAGACAAAUCAGCACACCAAAGCAGAAGCCAGGAUUGGAAACUGAAAGCGACCAGCGUUGUAUGCCUUCCUCUCAAACCUGGGAUUCCUUAUAGAUUAUACGUAGUAGAAAUAUUGUCCUUUUUAUUUCCUUUUUUUUUUUUUGUUUUUUUGUUUUUUUGUAUUACAUUCCAAACAAGCUUUGUGGGCUCCACGCUCAACCUGAACCCUAUCUACACCAAGUAUCACCUCACAUAAUGUAAUUAUCACCCUUCCAAAAACAAACACACAGAAAAAAAAAAAAUAUCUAAUGAUCUCCAGACUGAUUCUCGAGAAUGUGUACAUAUCUGCUGUGGGUAUGUGUCAAUUUGGAUGUCUACUUUUCUUUGAAUGGGAGUUUGGGUUUUCUUAGGUAUAAUCAGAACUCUAUACUAGAGUUAAUUGUAAAUGUUUGUAGGGAUUGUGUUAUUUCUACAGACAAUGUGCUGUGAGUUUCAUAAACUCUUUAUUAUAAAGUUUGCUUUGUAUGUAUGUUCUUAUGUAAUGAAAUAAAAACAAAACGUGGAUGUGAAACACUUAAA